CCCUCCACACAAGCCACGAGAUGCCUUGGUUCCCCUCCAACUUGCAGAAAGCUGGGAUGCAGACGUCUAACAGGAAGGUCCUGGUGCUGGUGGUGAUGCUGCUGCUGUCUCAGCUGGCCUGUGAGGCUCACAGCAUGUCUGAGUGCUGCAGACAGCCGGCCCACUCCUGUCGCCUCUACAUGUUUCUGUGUAGCCCCAGCACCAAUAACCUUGGGAGACCCCUCACAGGGGACACUUCUGCUGGUAUCCUCACUCUGGGCAAACGGAGGGAGGACGAGCAUCGCCUCCAGAGCCGCCUCCACCAGCUCCUCCAGGACUCCAGAAACCAGGCCGCAGGGAUCCUGACGAUGGGCAAGAGGACGGAGGAGAGGCAGUUCAUGGACUGGAUGGCUCAGUCAGGAACUAUCACAACGCCCCUGCCUGUCCUAAGCUAAAUACUCACAUAAAUACUUAUAAUGGAAUCUAUAAAAGACUGGUAAAAAUCAGAACACACCUAUAUGGUGAGUGACAUUACACAGGAUGUGUAUUUUUCUGCUCAUAUUAAAACUAU